GAUAUUGAGUCACUAGAGAGCAGGCUGUUAUUAAUCUUAUGUCUUCAGUUGCGCGUAGACAGGCAUAAUGUUAGUAGAGCGCCUAUGAUCUACAACAAAAUGGCUUCCAGCUAUUAAUUAUAGGUCCUAUUUGAAAGACAUAACGGCUCCGAAUGUAAUCGUGUUUAAUCCUCUAUUACCCAAAUGAAAUGAUAGGUGUAGUUUAUGCUUCUCCGUAUUGGCGGCAGAUAUGGAGACUCUAUCGAGGUAACUUCCACCAUUUUCCUAGAGGUUGUCACCUUGGGGCGACCAUGGAGGAGGUGGAGGCCGUCUUCAGAGAAGGUGUCCUGUCCCAUCUGGAGCAGCUGGAAACUUUGUCGCAAAACUUAUCCGCAAAGCAAGAGCAGGGCCGGCGGCGGGAGGACGUGGUGCAGGAGAAGAGGGAAGAAAUCCUCCGACUGAAAAAGAAGAGAGACGAGCUGCAGGCCAGGGUGAAGCAACAGGAGGAGCAGAUCCGGGUAUUAUCGGGGAGAGCGGAGGGAAGCUGCCCGCCAGUGCCCAGCACCGAGGAGGCCCUGCAGGACCUGAGGCUGGAGGAGAUGGAGGGCGCCAUGGAGGCGCUGUGGUUCACAGGGAUCAGCGGGAAGAAGACAGACAACGGGAUUUGCUUCUGCCUCAGCACGGCCUUCGAAGGCCAAUACCUGGACUCCUAUUACAUCCAGGUGCACAACCUGGUGAAGCCAUUGAUCUCCCGCCAUUCCAUCCCGCCGUUCAUCCCACUCGGAGAAAUCACCAAGUCGCACCUGCAGUCGGACAUGAAGAAAUUCCUUGCGGUUCUGUCCGAUCACUUAAACGCCUUCGCCGGGAGGAAGUUCCAGGUUGAUCGGCUUCAGGACCUGUCCGAUAUCUACAUCCCCGACACCCUGCAGAGGAAUUCCCUGAAUACCGUCAUCUCAUUCCGCUACAACGUGUCCAUCCGCGACCGAACCUUCUGCUUUUCUGCAAAGUUGCUGUAUGGCGCCGUUACCAGCGUGCUUCCAACGGAGGCGCAGGUCACAUGUCAAGAAAACAAUAAAUCGGCGCAGGAAGCGGCAACAUCCCACUCCUCCAUGUUUCGCAGUACGCCGCUACAUCGAGUUGUGGGGUCACUGACCACGUAGGAGAAGUCCACAGAGGGACAGAAAAUGCGCAACCUUAAAAGGGGUACUCCGGUGGAAAAAAUUUUUUUUUUUUUACAUCAACUGGUGCCAGAAAGUUAAGCAG